AUGGCCCCCGCAGCGACGUCGGGCGGCAGCAGCCUGCCCAGUGGCUUCUCGGUCUUCAUCACCUUCCCCGACUUGCUCUUCGUCUUUGAGUUUGUCUUCGGGGGCCUGGUGUGGAUCCUGGUUGCCUCCUCCCUGGUGCCCCUUGCCCUUGUGCAGGGCUGGGUGAUGUUCGUGUCUGUGUUCUGCUUCGUGGCCACCACCACCCUGCUCAUCCUGUACAUAAUUGGCGCCCACGGCGGCGAGAGUUCCUGGGUCACUCUGGACGCAGCGUACCAAUGCACCGCCGCCCUGUUUUACCUCAGCGCCUCGGUCCUGGAAGCCCUGGCCACCAUCUCCAUGCGGGACGGCUUCACCUACAAGCACUACCACGAAAACAUCGCGGCCGUGGUGUUCUCCUACGUGGCCACUCUGCUCUACGUGGUCCAUGCUGUGUUUUCUCUGAUCCGAUGGAAGGCGUCGUAG